GUCCGACUAGGUACUUAGUCGGACUAUUUGUCUGAUCCAAAUCGACGGAUUCAACUCGGCUGGGCAGUGUUCGGGAGAUUACGAACCAUCUUCCCGUCAGGCAUACCUCAAAACCUCAAACCUAUAUUGUACAACCAGUGCGUGUUGCCGGUGAUGAUCUAUGGAUCUGACACAUGGUCCUUCACUGCUGGUCGUAUGAGGAAGCUCAAGGUCGCUCAGCGAGCUAUGGAGAGGGUUAUGCUCGGGGUUUCUGUGCGUGAUAUACUUUGAAAUAAGGAUAUCCGCAGUAGAACCAGAGUGGCUGACAUAGCCCAACAAAUGAGUAAGCUGAAGUGGCAAUGGGCCGGCCAUAUAGCUCAAAGAACCGACAACCGAUGGGGAAAAAGGUUCUCGAGUGGCGGCCUCGUACAGGUAGGCGAAGUGUAGGACGACCCCCCACUAGAUGGAGUGACGACCUGGUGAGACUGCAGGUGGCUUAGAACAGUGUUUUGAGGCAUUCCUUGCGGGAGGCCUAUGUUCAGCAUUGGACUUGUAAAGGGCUGUAAUGAUGAUAAUGAUGAAGAAUCAAUAUACAGAUGCGUUGUUACCCCUGAGGACUAAGCUACAAUGCCUCGUUUUCAGUGUAAAAAGGGUCUGCGAUGCAGCAGCGAGUGUAUGCUUGCAAAACGACCUACCUCCCUAGAAAACGAGAGAAGAAACAUCAGUGGAUUAAAGACGAUGUCCUCGAGUUUUUAAAUUUAUCUCAUUUAAAUCUUUAAAUUGCAAUUACUAGAUAUUUUUAUUCUUCAAGCUACUUAACGUUAUAGUACUAGUAAACAUGAUACGUGUUAUUAUGCCAAUUAUUUUUACGAUGCGCAUUGAGGCAAUCCGCCGUGAAGGUCAGUUGACCGACGUGAGGUAUCACAGGUCGAAGUCCAGCACUAAAUAACAAUUCGCAUUGUCUACCACACAUGAUCACUGUACGUCCUAAUUAGGGUUGCCAGUCUUAAGUAUUCUUCUAUAUUAGGAGUCCGUAUACAAUAAUAAUAAAAAUAGAUACGUUAUAGUAGGCGAAACUGUAUUUUAAACAAAAUACUAGAUUUUGUUAAAGGCUGAUUAUUUUAUUAUUUUUUUUACAUAUGAGUAGACAGUCUACCUGACGGUAAGUGGAUGCUGUGGCCCAUAACAGGCCUCUGUCAUUCUUCCUAUCUGCGUGAUUUAAAUGGCUACAAUCGCGCGGAACCACAAGCUACUAUCGCAGUCAGGCCUAGCGCGUUUUAGGCGAGCGGCGAAGUAGUGAAUUUCAAAGAUUUUUAAUACUGUUUACGUUAAUAGAUUUUUUGUACACACUUGUAUAAACAUUUUGUUUAUUGUUUAAUAUAUUCAGUUAUAGGAUAAAAGAGUUAUAUAAGUUAUCGUGCAUUUUAUAGGUUUAUUUAUAUAUUAAUUUUAAAAACAUAAUAAUGAAAAAUUUUAACUUAUUUUUUUAUCAUAAUUUACAAGUGGCUAGUUCUAAAAACUUUCAGUGUCGCCCUCGUAGAUGCUGCGUACUUCGAUUUAAAAAAAAAUCAUUUGACCUGGUCGACAAUGAUAUCUUGUUACGUACAUUGGCGAUGAUGGCCUUUGCCCCAAAACUUGUCGAGUUUUUUCAAAUUACCUACGUGAUCGGCGUUAGUUUGUUAGAGUGAGUGCAUUUGAGUCUAGUGACUAUUACACAAGAUCUGGGAUGAGUUAGGAAAGUACAUUGGGGCCAUUGCUUUUUCUUAUUUUCAUUAAUGACUUACCGAAUAGCGUAAUUUCCUCUAAAUGUCUGUUGUUCGCGGAUGAUCUUUGGAAAUUAAGCCUAGUAGAUGGCCUGUCUAACUGCGAGGCAUUGCAAAGAGAUAUCGGUGCGGUUUUGGAUUGGAGCGUAUUAAAUCAUCUUCCCUUUAACACGUUCGCUGCGACACAAGGCUUAUAGGUCUGAUACAUGAACUUGCAGUCGGUGCGGAGCGAAAAUACAGCGUUCUCCCUCUGGUGCGAACGCAGUAACUUAAAGAUUUCUCUAUAAGUGAUAAAGACAAGUAUAUAUUUAAGAUCGUCUUUUCAAUGGCUAUUCAUUUAAAUAAUAAUAUUUGUAUCAGGCCUAUCGACCUUAUACCGCACUGGAGAGUAGAAAUUGACAUUCAGUGCGGAUACAAGGCCCAUAGGCCUUAUGGGAAGUACAACGCCUAACUGCCUAAUACCGCACUGAUUGAAGAGUUAAAAUUAUUUAGUGUUGUGUUGACAGCUUUUACAAAUGCAUGUGCGUACGAUUCAUAAAAAAUGCAUCGAGUCAAUAAACGUUGUCGAAAAAUGCUCGAGCUGUCUUUUCAAAAUGCUCAAGAAGUGGUGGACCAAAAUAACAGUGCCAGCUUACAAGAAAAAAAACAAAUUCAAAUCCUUCAGGAUGUUAUUGUUAAGCCAGCUUCUACAAGCAGUGAAACUACAACUUUUCAAGAACCUCGCUGCAGUUCAUCUAUUGCUUUUCAAGAACCUAGCUUCAGUUCAACUUUACACGAUAGCUCAAUGCGGGUAAGUCCUCAAGUUAGAAAGACUUAUUUAGACUUUACGCCUAAAAGAAAGAAAAUACAAAAAUCAGAAAACGAUGUUUAUGUUAGUCCUAGUACUGGCAAUACUCUUCAUGUACUGGAAAACGCUGAAUACGGACUUGCAACUCCUAUCCGCAAAUAUUAUAAUUUACGAAAAGAACCCCAGUAACUCCGAACGUAUCAAAUCUUACAAGCAGGACUAGUUCUAUUAGUGACAUUUCAUGUGCAAAAUCCUUAUUAUGCCCACUAUCCAACGAGGAUAUCUGUGCAAUAUAUGACACCCAAACGCAGAAUAAUCAAAGUUCAUUGACAAAUUUGAAUAUUUCUACAAUUUAUGGUAAAGAUUUAAAUCCAGAUGCAUCUAAUAACAAUUAUACUCCCAACCCUUCCGAGAAAAUCUGUGCAAUAUAUGACACUCAAACGCAAAAUGAACAAAGUUCAUUAACAUAUUUGAAUAUUCCUGCAAAUUCUGCUAAAGAUUUUGAACCCGAUUCAUCUGAUGAUAAUUAUGCUCCCAACUCGUCUGACCUAGAAACUGAUUCUUCUUACUCCGACGAUAGUGAUGGUGAUGAUAGCGUGAUAACUUACUAUGAAAACAGUUCUGAAAUCGAAUUAGUUCAAAUACUUGAAAAUACUCAAUGUACAGAAAACAAUAAUUUUGACGAGUGGGAAGACAUUAACGAUAAAAAACCUGAUUUCGAUGAAUUCACAGAUAAUUGUAGACCAAACAUUCCGGAUAAUACUAUAACGCCAGCAGAUUUUUACAGUCUAUUUGUAACGGAUGAAAUUAUUGAGCAAAUGGUAAUAAACACAAACAAUUACGCACAAGAUCUUAUUAGUAAUCUAAGUAAUCUUAAGCCUAAAUCACGCUUGCGAGCCUGGACUCCUACAACUCCAGAGGAGAUGAAAAAAUUUUUAGGAGUGCUACUGGCGAUGGGUCUUGUAAGAAUACCACGUUUAAAUGAUUACUGGUCGAAAAGAAACAUCUACAAUAAUAAAUACAUUAGUUCAGUUAUGACAAGAGAUCGAUUUCUGCUAAUUUUGAAAUUUUGGCAUUUUAGUCAAGAGUCACCUAACGACACAGACAAAUUGAAAAAGAUAAGGGAUACUUUUAAUAAGAUUUUAGAAAAAAUGCAAACCCUUUUGGAGCCAGGUCGGUAUCUUAUCAUAGAUGAAAGUAUGAUUCCGUGGCGAGGGAGGUUGAAAUUUCGCCAAUACAUUAAAAACAAGUCCCACAAAUAUGGAGUGAAACUAUAUAAGCUCUGCACUCCAGAAGGAUACACAAGAAACUGUAUUAUAUAUACAGGUAAAGGAGAUAAUGGUCGAGAAACUAAUCAUGGAAAGGAAACAGUAUUAAGAUUAAUAAAAGGAUUAGAAAAUAAUGGAAGAAUAAUAAUAACAGAUAAUUUCUACAAUUCCAUUGAUCUUGCGGAAGAACUUAUACGUAAAAAAACCUUCAUGUGUGGUACCCUGAGACCAAAUCGGAAAGGAAAUCCUAAGAAAAUAAUAUCCAUAAAAUUGAAACGAGGUCAAAUAGUAGGAAAAAUGAACCCAAAUGGGGUAAGAGUUAUAAAGUGGUUCAUAUGAUUUCUACGUGCCGAAAUCACAAUUUGACUCUUAAAUCUACAGGUAAGACGAACCGAAUCACUGGAAACAUAAUUAAAAAACCACAAUGCGUCAUAACAUACAAUGAGAAUAAAAAAGGCAUCGAUUUUAACGACCAAAUGUCUUCAUAUUAUUCUAGCUUGAAAAGAGGCGUGAAAUGGUUCAGAAAAGUAAUGAUGGAUAUAUUAUUUGGAACAGUCAUAAUAAACAGCUGGGUAUUAUACAAUCACGGAAAACCAGUUCAAAUGCCAAAGAAGAAUUUUAUGGAAGCAAUUAUUGAAGCUUUGACUCAGGUGCCGAUAUUAACAGAAACAGCUAAUGAAUGUGCUGCUAUGCCAAAGACGAAUCAUACCUUCGAAAACAAAGGGAUAAAAAGAAGAAACUGUGCGGGUUGUUACAAUAAGCUUCGUGCAACGUUAAAUAGCAAAGAUGCUCAAAGAAAAACCAAAAAAAUUAAAUCGUAUUGCGGUGAGUGCAACAAGGGAUAUUGCGCUAAAUGUUUUUACGAAAAUCAUCUAUAACAGAUAACAGUUAAUAAUAAAAUAAAGUUGAUCUCGAU